UCACUCCCACUAGCCCAAAGCUAAACAAAUGUUCCUCCGUCGCAUCCGCCCAACCCUAGCCGCCGUCCGGCACUUCUCCGGCGAAGUCGCGGCGGAAUCCAUCCAAAAACCUCCAAUAAACCCCCCGCCGCCUCCCCCCGCCGCAAAGUCCGGCGGCGGAGACACGCUCGGCCGGCGACUCCUCAGCUUAGUGUACACCAAACGGAGCGCCGUUACAACUGUACGGAAAUGGAAGGAGGAAGGACAUGUGAUACGGAAGUAUGAGCUUAACCGUAAUGUCCGCUUGCUUCGGAAACUUCGAAGAUAUAAACACGCCCUCGAGAUUUGUGAGUGGAUGAAAACCCAAGAAGAUAUGCAGUUGGUGGAAGGAGAUUAUGCGGUCCACUUAGAUUUGAUUUCAAAAGUUCGUGGUUUGAACAGUGCAGAAAAGUUCUUUGAAGAUCUUCCCGAACAGAUGAGAGGCCAACUAGCCUGCAGUUCCCUUCUGCACAAUUAUGUGAAAAAUAAGGAUUCAUCUAAAGCUGAAGCUCUGAUGGAAAAAAUGUUGGAAUGUGGUUUUACAAAGAAUCCUCUACCGUAUAACCAUAUGAUUUCUUUGUACAUUUCAAAUGGACAAGUGGAGGAGGCAUUACGAAUGAUAAAGAAGUUGAAGAAGAAUACUUCGCCUGAUCUUUUAACUUACAACCUGUGGCUAAGAAUCUGUGCUUCGCUGGAUGACAUUGACAUUGCAGAAAAUGUCUUUCUUGAGCUUAAGAAGGCACACGUAGAACCGGACUGGGUGACCUACAGUACAUUAACUAACAUGUAUAUUAAUCAUUCAUGCCUUGAGAAAGCAGCUGCUAGCCUUAAGGAAAUGGAGAAAAAGACUUCUCGUAAAGUACGGACGGCAUAUGUAUCCAUUAUUAGUUUGCAUACACGCCUGGGAAAUAAGGCUGAAAUUCGACGAAUAUGGAAGAAGAUGAAGUCUACCUAUCCAAAACUGAACGAUGAGGAGUAUACUAACAUGAUCAGUUCACAACUGAAACUGGAAGAGUUUAAAGAAGCACAUAAGCUCUUCCAUGAAUGGGAGUCCGUGUCUCCAACUAAGGACUGCAGGAUUGCAAAUUUAUUCGUUGCAGCCUAUAUCAACAAAAGUCAAAUAGAAAUGGCCGAAGAUUUUCACAAACAAAUGGUGAAAAAAGGUAUCACUCCCAGCUGCUCUACUUGGGAAUUACUCACCUGGGGAUAUUUGAAACAGAAUGAUUUGGAAAAGGCUCUGAUUAGUUUCCAGAAAGCCAUAGCUAGUGUGAAGAAAUGGGAGUUCAAUGAGAAAUUGGUUCGAGAGCUCUACAGAAUCAUUCAAGCGCACAAAAAUAUUGAGCGGGCCGAGCAAUUGCUGGUUAUUCUUCGUCAUGGCAGUGAAUUGAAUACAACGAUAUACAAUGAACUUCUGAAAACCUAUGCAAAAGCCGGCCAAAUGCCCCUUGUAAUAUCGGAGAGGAUGAAGAAGGAUAAGGUAGAGUUGGAUGAUGAAACUCGUGAACUUGUUAAAUUAACUAGCAAGAUGUGUGUUGGUGAUGUUUCUAGUUACUUGUCGUAAAUUGAGAAACAAUGGUGCCGUUUGGCUAGCUUAUUCGUUA